UUGGGUUUCGGAGUGAGCAUCAGUCACUCUCCCACCUACAGCACCGGACUACGCUCAACCCGUCAGAGGAACAUGUUGCUGCAGAAACUGUUUGUUUGGAUCCUGUCAGUGCUGUGUGGCACCGAUGUGUGUUCGGGAUUUGUCUACGACCGGGCCAAACGCUCAGGAGAGGACGGGACUUCAGCCAGGACAGAGUCUCGCUCUGUGUCUCAGUACAUACCGACCUCCGGCUCCUGCAGGAACAGGUGUUUUGAGCUGGUUGAGUUGGAGCCACCAAACUGUCGCUGUGACAACCUCUGUAAGACCUACAACAGCUGCUGCUCUGACUUUGACCAGCUCUGCCUCAGGACAGAGGGGGGCUAUGAGUGCGGUAAGGAUCGGUGUGGGGAGACUCGAAAUGAACAACAUGCCUGCCACUGCUCCGAUGACUGUCUGGCCAGAGGAGACUGUUGUACCAACUACAAGACACUGUGUAAAGGAGACAAUUCAUGGCUGCAGGAUGAGUGUGAGGAAAUCAAGACCCCUGAAUGUCCAGCUGGGUUUGUGCGUCCACCACUCAUCAUGCUGUCAGUGGAUGGAUUUAGGGCUUCUUACGUGAAGAGAGGAAACACUGUCAUACCCAACAUCGACAAACUCAGAACCUGUGGAACCCAUGCUCCAUACAUGAGACCUGUUUAUCCCUCCAAAACCUUUCCCAACCUCUACUCACUGGCUACGGGUCUCUAUCCAGAGUCUCAUGGUAUCGUUGGCAACUCCAUGUAUGACCCUGUGUUUGAUGCCACCUUCAACCUGAGAAGCCGAGAGAAACUCAAUCAUCGCUGGUGGGGAGGACAACCAAUAUGGAUCACAGCACUCAAACAGGGAGUGAAGGCUGCGACCUUCUUCUGGCCUAUUGCCAUCCCAUUAGAGAGGAGGAUACUGACCAUGCUGCAGUGGCUCCACCUCCCUGAAGGAGAGAGGCCCUAUGUUUAUGCAAUGCACUCUGAACAACCAGACACAUAUGGACACAAAAUGGGGCCUAUGAGCACAGAAUUGAACAACCCUCUGAGGGUUAUUGACAGAAUCGUUGGCCAGCUGAUGGACGGAUUAAAGCAGAUGAAACUUCACCGCUGUGUCAACAUCAUCCUGGUGGGAGAUCAUGGUAUGGAGGAGGCCCACUGCGAUCGCACUGAGUUCCUCAGUAACUACAUGACCGAUGUUGAUGACAUCAUCCUCAUCCCUGGGUCCCUGGGCAGAAUACGCUCCAGAUACCCCAACAACCCUAAAUAUGACCCCAAGGCUGUUGUUGCAAAUCUAACAUGUAAGAAAGCUGACCAGCACUUUAAGCCGUACCUUAAGAAGCACCUGCCUAAGAGACUGCACUACGCUAACAAUCGACGAAUUGAAGAGAUUCAUCUGAUGGUGGAGAGGAAGUGGCACAUUGCCAGGAAAGUUCCUGAAGGGAGGAGACACUGUGGCUUCUCUGGUGACCAUGGAUAUGACAAUAAGAUCAAUAGCAUGCAGACUAUUUUCUUGGGGUAUGGACCUACAUUUAAAUUCAAGACUAAAGUUCCAGCCUUUGAGAACGUUGAGCUUUAUAAUGUCAUGUGUGAUCUUCUGGGUCUGAAACCAGCCCCCAAUAAUGGCACCCAUGGCAGUCUGAACCACCUUCUGAGAAGCCCCCUCUACAGACCCACCAUGCCAGAAGAGGUCUCCAGGCCAACAGCCUCUGGUCUUGUUCCUGCAGGAACAGAUGACCUGGGCUGCAGCUGUGAUGACAAGAACAAAGUGGAGGAGAUAAACCAGCGACUGAGGCAAGCUAUUGAUGACAGCAGGAACCUGCCAUACGGUCGACCUGCUGUACUCUUCCGCACCAAAUACUCAAUCCUCCACCACAGUGAAUACAUCAGCGGCUACAGCGAGGCUCUCUCUAUGCCCCUCUGGACAUCGUACACUGUCAGCAGACAGGUAGAAGUGUCUCCUCUGCCUGAAGCUCUGUCCAACUGUGUGAGACCUGAUGCUAGAGUCCCUCCAGCCUAUAGCCAGUCUUGCACCAACUACAGAGCCGACAAACAGAUAACCUACGCCUUUCUGUACCCACCACAAUUAUCGUCAGCCAUAGACAAAAAAUAUGAUGCUGUCCUUAUCACCAACACUGUUCCCAUGUAUCCUGCAUUCAAGAGAAUAUGGGGCUACUUCCAGAGAGCACUGGUGAAGAAAUAUGCCACUGAGAGAAACGGAGUGAACGUACUCAUUGGACCCGUGUUUGAUUACAACUAUGAUGGUGUCAGGGACUCAGCAGAGAACAUUAAAGAGCACAUAAGUGGGACAUUACCCAUCCCCACACACUACUUUGUGGUCCUGACCAGCUGUUUAGAUUUCACACAGGCUGCAGACUCAUGUAGCGGCCCGCUCAGUAGCGCGGCGUUCAUCCUGCCGAACAGACCCAGCAACGAUGAGACCUGCAACAGCUCAGAAGAGGAGUCUCGCUGGGUGGAGGACCUGAUGAAGAUGCAUACAGCUCGGGUCAGAGAUGUGGAGAUCUUGACAGGCCUGGACCUGUACCGCAGAACCACUCGGAGCUACGCUGAAAUCCUCUCGCUCAAAACCUACAUGCACACUUACGAGAGCGAGAUCUGAUCUCCGCUGGCUCCACUAACAUUAAUGUUACUGAUCUCUUUCAGCCGUGGUGGAUGUAUGUGGUACAAGCAAGAGAUAUGAUUGUCUCUAUUACACUGACCUACACUAUCUUUAGCUCUCACUGGAUGCUGUGGUUGCUAUCUGCAGCUGUUCUCCAGCAUCCAUGUUGUGGCCCUAUCACUGAGCAUUUGGUUUAAUCUCAUUCAUUUCAUCCAUUGGUGAAGGUACAGCUUUGACACUACUGAGCUACUAGCUGAGGUAUUGUCCACUUUAGUUCUGUUUGGUAGUAGGAAAGCUAAACAGUUCCUCUGCUCUGUGUUAUUGUUUUGUGUUUGGCACUCAAAUUCAAUGAAAUGACAUCAAACUCAAAGAAACCUUCAGAUUAAGAACAGCCAAAUUCUAAACCUACAUAUUAUUCUAGCAUUCUAAAACACAGUGCUUGGUUUACCUUAUUUUUGUAUGUAGUUUUAAGAUAAAUACAAAGGUCAUAUCAAUGGCUCAGAUUAAAUCUGUACCAGUCAUUUUGUGCCAUAUUGUGUAAAUAUCAGAGAGGGCAUUUAGGUUAAUCCCAAUCUGCACUGUAAAAUUUCUGAUGUUCCCUUCUAUCGUUCUCAUGAUUUAGUAGAAAAGUUUUAUCACCAGCAGUAUGGCCAGAUCAAUUUGUUAGGGGCCCCAGGAGCAAAAUAUUUGCCAAUAGGCCCCUACUGAACAACCCUCCCUUCAACCCCAGGCCCGUACACUGUUGCCCCCAAGUUCUCAUCCAGUAAAGCACAGACAGCAGACACAUCUGCAGGUUUAACUGCCUUGAGACGAAGAGAACAAACAGUAAUCCCAUGAUGGAAUAUAAUCUGACACCAUUUUUGUUUUACUUUGAGGGUACAAGAUCAUAUGAUAAUGUAUUUUAAUGGUGCACCUUCACAAACAAAUUCACAAUUAAUCAAAUUACCAAAAACUAACACACACGGUGAACCUGAGGCUUUUGGGGCCCUCAAGGACCAAGGGCCAAAAGGGCAGUUGCCUUUGUCUACACAUUCCAUAGUGUUUCACAUUACCAAAUAUUUAAUUUUUCAUCUGUGAGCACUAUUACACAACUUCCAUAGUCAUUUAUACAUACUGCAGAUGUACCCUUGAUAAUGUUUUCUUUAAAGAAAUUUUACUGCACAGUACAGUCUAAAAAUCUAAUAUUUUCUAGAGCACAAUAUUUCAUGUCUGGAAAAUACUAAACAUUUUGAAGAUGGGAUAAAUAUUUAAUUCCAUUACAAACAGUCAGCAGAAUCAGUUCCAUACAAAAUAAUCCCAUUAUUAUUAAGGCAGGAUUUGUUAAACUAGUGCAAUGAGCGCAUAUUUUCCUAUAUGAUACUGACCCACUCUGUUUGACAUCGUUUACUCAUUAUACUAUGUCUACAUUAAACAAUUUCUCUUUAUGUUCAGUGAUUAAGAAGAAAUUGCCAUCAUUUUCUGACGUGGAAUAUUAAUGCAAUGUGUUUGUGUGUGUAUGUUGAUCUCAAGAUAUUUUCUGUUUGUGUGGCUGUUGUGUGUGUGUUGUGAUCUUGACUUUUUGUUCCGUGCACAAUAACAAUGUCAAUGACGAUGAUCUAUUAUCAUGUUUCCCUAAAACAUUUACCACCUGUGAUACUGUCCUAUUUAUGCUUUAUGUACAUGUCAUCACAAUAAACAUGUUUUAUUAAAUCAAAUGUGGUGCAUAUUAAGUUAGCCCACAGUCAGUCAGCUGUG